UGCACACACCUGGUCCCACCUCUGAUGUCUUAGAGGUCUUGUCCGUCCUGUUUGUUAUCUCCAUAUAUUUCAUGCUGAAAUUGAAAUAUUAAUAUGAAAGAGACAAUAUGCAAAGGUAAUAUAACAUUUCUAUUAAUAUCUAUACUUUAAUGAUUUUAUAGCUCUUAGAGUGUUCUUGACUUUUCUAUAAUUGUAUAAUUAAAAUUUCCUUGUGGCGUGGAAUUAUUUUUCUUUAUUUUAUCUCUUCCUGAAUGUUGAUAGUUGCUUCCAUUUUAGUGCUUUGUUAGAUAAUAAUAGUUUGAGUCUAGCUUUAGCGUGCUUCCGAAUUCCAAUUUUUGAUCAUAUUUGAUCCACGUGGAAAAACCACGCUGGAAAUUGGUGAGGUCCAUAUGUCCGUUUGUCUAUAAAUAUGAAUAAUUCCAGAGAUGUAAAAAAAAAAUAAAGAAAGUAUGAGAGGAUAAUGAAUAACCAGUACGUCAUUCAGAACUGUUAUAAUUUAUGUACUUAUGAAUUUAUGUACUAUGUGAUGGUGUGACAAAUGGAUAUAAAUCAGUAUUUUCCAACUGACAGUAUCUUUAACGAUGACAGUGAUCUUUCUGAUUCACCAGAUGACAGGGAUUCUUUAUCUGUAUCGAGCACAGAAGAAAAGGACGUGUAUAUUCCACGAUUAAAGUUCCAAAACCUUCAGAAUUUCCAAGCACCAAUAUACUCUAAGCAAAAGAAAGAUGAUCCCAAUUGUAAUAUAAAAACGGUAUUUAUCACUGAAGCGGAGGUACACCAAAUGCCAGCAAUAAAGACGGAAAACUCAAAAAAUGACUUUGUCGAUAACUAUUUAUCUGAUACCUCGUCACCCCCUCUCCAAAACAAGAAAAGGCGUACGCUGGAUGUCUCGGGAGAUAGCGGCGGGAUGCGCAGACAGACAGAAAGUGGUCUGUACAAAAGUAGAAGAGAAAGUUGCACAGGUUUCACUUGGAUGUGGCAAAAAGAUUCUAUAGAACACGAGAAGUACGAAAAUCUUCUGGCCAAUGAGGGUUUAGAGUAUUCAGAAUAUAAAGUAAAAUCUAGAAGAAUUUCUAGUAAAAACAUUGUAUUUUACAAUCGUAUUUAUCCAUUUGCUAAAGAUUCGAAAAUUCAGUUACCAGUUUGUUCUCAAGAUAAGCGAAGUGGAGAUGGAAAUCUCUUGGAAUUAGAGUCUACAUUUUGUGUUCCUGCAGCCUGUUCAAACGUGUCCUCGAUAAUACCGUAUGGUUCUGGACAAUGCUGGGUAGCUACGGAUGUAUCAAAAAACAUACUCCUAUACGACAGGAAUGGAGACUUAAUGGACUUCGUUAAUGUUGGCUGUCCAGUGGACUCCCUAGCUACUGACAAAGAUGGCAAUGUCUUCAUAUCUUGUCCAGAUUUGAAACAAGUUCGCGUGGUUGACCGUCAUCGACAUAUGAGAACUUUUCUGGAUAUGACACAAUACCCCCGAGGUAUUGCCUACAUGCGACUGGAGGACUCUAUACUCGUAUGUAGAAACGACAACAAGAUAGCUAACGAUCUUACAGUGAAGGCAUGCAACCCACUCAGAAAAUAUCCUAUCCGUGGACCAAAGUCUAGUAAACCACGGGAUACAGAUGUAGCUGAAAAUAUGUUUGGUUAUCCUUUCCGAGUUUGUGUGAAUGUUAACGAUGACUGCAUAGUGUCUGAUUUUGCUCAUCGCUCGAUCACGGUUUUGGACUCAGCUGGAAGAAUUCGCUUUACCUUCAACUCAUCCAAAGACUUUCCGAUCCGAAACUGCGAUUCUGUUUGUUGUGAUCAGAAAGGAAAUAUUUACAUUUUAUUGAAGGGUAAUCCUAACGUCUGUGUACUGGGACCCGGUGGUAAUAUUAAAACUAUUUUUUCCUGCUGUGAUUUCAUUUAUGAAUCCGUCUUUACUACUGUUUUUGAUUCUAACGAUUACUUGUGGGUGGCUUGCAUGGAUGGUUUCAUUAAAAUCUUUAGAAAAAUUUAAAUUAGUAAAGAAAUUAAAGCCUUUCUCGUGAGGACUUAAACAUUUGGCAUUCGUGAUAUUGGAUUUCUUUUUUAAAAAAUUGAUCCAUUAGUAGGAAUUAUCCUUUAAGCUUACACCAACGUUCUUUAGUAUUGAUUCCUGUUUCCAAGUUGAAAGUUAGAUUUCUUCUCAAUUUGGGGUGGACAAGAACUACGGAUGCAUUAUAAUGACCACAUACCCGUAUGUAGGAAUACUAAUAUACAUGCAUUAUUGGUUAAGACAAUCUAAGAAACAAUAGUGAAGAUUUUUCAUAUGGUUAAAUUUGAAGGAAAUCUGGUGAUUUUUAUCAUACAGUGAUGUCAUAGGUUUUUGUCAAAAAAAAAUGUUCAUUUUAAUUCAUUCCUCACAGAUUUUUGUUCAAUAGUUGUAAUGAGAAAUAUUGAGAAGUAAGUACAUUUGUAUAUUGUAUAUUUUCUCUCUCUUUUU